AUGGCCAAGGAAAAUGAAUUUUCGCAAGAAAAGGCCAUUAGCAUUCACGAGAGCUUUGCAGUUACCUCGAAGAAACCUGCAGCCGAGCUCAUUUCACACAGAGAAAGUGCUGAAGCUCAAGACGAGGGCUUGGCUGCACAGUCGCCAGGGAGCAGAACAGCCUACGGUCUUGAGAGCUGGAAGUCUAUGUCCUGCACAAUGCAGCGGCACGCAAAUGUGCUGAAAUUCCUCGCGGCGCCGCAGCAGCACGCAACAGCAGGAGUGGAGUCUCACAGAGUGGCUCUGCAGCUCUUGGGGGCCUUUGCUGACCCGAAAAACUACUGGGAAAUUGCAAACGACGCUCUAAGGGAGAAUUUCAAGUUUACGCUGCAACACUCAGCAGCCUGGCCUGCGAGGGGCCAGUUUUGCGCCGAAUUGCCCAG